AUGCGGGGACGAAAGCGACUCCCGCCUGACAAGCCGGUCUACGAGGACGAGAUCGUCGCAGAGACACCGCCGUCGCCCACGUAUUCGCCGCCUCCAAAGAGAGUUAAGCGCCAAGACGUGGCAGACCGCAUCGAUAAGAACAAGACAGCCGACUUCUUCGUCAUGAAAAAGACGCUCAAGUCCUUUUGUAAACCCGAAGCAGAGCGACUCGCGUGGGACAAAUGCAUCCAAGAUGUCAACUACGCCAUCGCCGAGGCAUACCUGCUGGCUAACAACUACGCACUAAGUCAGCUCAAGGCUGGGCGACCUCUGUGUAAGAUCAAUACCCCGUUCUACCAGCUGUAUCUGAGUCUAGUUACAAGCGUUCCACGUCGAGCGAAGUACGAGAAGUUCUUGGCGACGCAAGCGACCAAGGAUAGGCGAUCGACAGCGGCAAGGUCGGUAAGCUAA